GUAGCCGCGCCCUAUUACGACUGCGUGGGCGACUCGCCUAUAAAAGCCAGUCUCGCAGCGUUUCUCCGUCACAAUCGCUUCCUGUUUGCGGUUCGUCCGUCGUCCUUGGUGGCUGGAAUUGCAGUGGCCGUGAAGAUGGCGUCUACCAGCCGUUUGGAUGCUCUUCCAAGAGUCACAUGUCCAAAUCAUCCAGAUGCGAUCUUAGUGGAGGACUACAGAGCUGGUGAUAUGAUCUGUCCUGAGUGUGGCCUGGUUGUAGGUGACCGGGUUAUCGAUGUAGGAUCUGAGUGGAGAACUUUCAGCAAUGAUAAAGCAACAAAAGAUCCAUCUCGAGUUGGAGAUUCUCAGAAUCCUCUUCUGAGUGAUGGAGAUUUGUCUACUAUGAUUGGCAAGGGUACAGGAGCUGCAAGUUUUGAUGAAUUCGGUAAUUCUAAGUACCAGAAUAGGAGAACCAUGAGUAGUUCUGAUCGGGCAAUGAUGAAUGCAUUCAAAGAAAUCACUACCAUGGCAGACAGAAUCAACCUCCCUCGAAAUAUAGUUGAUCGAACAAAUAAUCUGUUCAAGCAAGUGUAUGAACAAAAGAGCCUGAAGGGAAGGGCUAAUGAUGCCAUAGCUUCUGCUUGUCUCUAUAUUGCCUGCAGACAGGAAGGAGUUCCUAGGACAUUUAAAGAAAUAUGUGCCGUAUCACGAAUUUCUAAGAAAGAAAUCGGUCGAUGUUUUAAACUUAUUUUGAAAGCUUUAGAAACCAGUGUGGAUCUGAUUACAACUGGGGACUUCAUGUCCAGGUUUUGUUCCAACCUUUGUCUUCCUAAACAAGUACAGAUGGCAGCUACACAUAUAGCCCGUAAAGCUGUGGAGUUGGACUUGGUUCCUGGAAGGAGCCCAAUAUCUGUGGCAGCAGCCGCCAUUUACAUGGCCUCACAGGCAUCAGCUGAGAAAAGGACCCAAAAAGAAAUUGGAGAUAUUGCUGGUGUUGCUGAUGUUACAAUCAGACAGUCCUACAGGCUAAUCUAUCCUCGGGCCCCAGAUCUGUUUCCUACAGACUUCAAAUUUGACACCCCUGUGGACAAACUACCACAGCUAUAAAUUGAGGCAGCUAAUGUGAAACUCCUAUGAACACUGAACUUUUGCCUGUUGUACAUAGCCUAUACAAAGUGCUGGAUUGAGCCUUUAAUAAGGAAAAAUGAAAGACAUGGUACGCAUUCCAGGGCUAAAUAUUAAUUGCUUGGCAUUCAUAUGUAUAUACUAGUGAAACAUAUUUAAUGACAUUUCUUAUUCAAUUUGCUUCGUUUUGUAGCAAUCUAGGAAACUGUAUUUUGGAAGAUAUUUGAAAUUACAUAAUUCUUGAAUAAAACAUUUUUCAAAACUAAAGGUUUUGUUACAGUUAUGUUACAUGUAAUUUAUAAUUUAUAUAAUUUAUAAUUACAAAUAAUGCAUAUUGUAGCUAAUGAAGCUGAUAGAGGUCCUUGUUUUCCAUUAUUUUUUCAUAUAUAUUUAAUUUUCUUAUUUUAAUAAAGUUAUGGAAAUAACAGGCUUUUGAGGAACCACUGUUGAACAUAUUUAGUUUGCAGUGUAAAAGGAGGUGUGUGUGUGAUUUCUUAAUAUAUGUAUAUUAAAAAGCAAGAAGUGAUGGAACAGGGCCUUGAAAGGCACUGGCUUUAGAGAUAUAAGAAUGUUUAUGUGUUUUUUUCUCAGUGAGCUUAUUGAGCAGAAGAUGAUGCUAGUAAAUAAUUAGUAACAGAGACAGAUUUCAAUUUCCAAAUGUUUACAUUUCACUGUAUAGAAUCUGUGUAUCUACAGUUCUUUGUUAUUUCUACUAAUUGGGAUACUCAUAGUCUAAAGAAUAUUUAAAAUGGAGAUUAUUGGGCCUGAGGAUGUCCAGGAAUUUGUUUAACCAGCACCUUCCCCCUAGGUGAUUGUGAUGUGUACAUGUUUUGCAUCUCACUCCGAGGAACACUGAUUUAAGGUCUCUUGACUGCUAGGCAAUGUAAGCGAAGACCAACAACAUUUUGCCCUUUUGCCAGCUAGGUAGUUUGUACAGGGGACUUGAAUCCAUGCUAAACAAACAUACCCACUGCUAUAAAACAGGUGUCAUGGUUCUUACACAUUUGUAAAAAGGUUAGCACUAGAUUAAAAGGACAAUCUCCUAUUGUGGCCUUGGUGGGCAGAUUGCAACUCUGGUCCAGAGAGGAACUUUCCCCUCUGUAAGAUCAGACUUCCACUGUCAUUUCUGUUGACCAUGGGAGGGGGAUAGGUAUUGGACCACGAAGACAAAUGGUAUUUCUCCCUUACACAAAAUGUAGGACACUCAAACACUACUACUUAAAGCUGUGGAAGAACACCAGACAAACCAACACAAGAACAAUAUAACCCAAAUACAGGAUUGCAAGGAUAGUGAUGAAAUGUAUACGCCAGGCACGUAGAACCCAUCUUACCCGGAGUGAGACCGAAGAAGGAAAGAAAUCCUAGGUUAAUGUUUUGGUCCCCAGCACCACACAUCUCCAUCUUUCCAAGUAUGAACUGAGAGCAGUAGCCUCCCUCCUCUAAUGCUCCCCAGUUUCUAGUGAUUGACCACAAAAGUCCCAUUCAGUAAUGCCUGACUUUGCAAGCUGCAACCAGUUAAGUAAAUCUUAAAAUAGUUAUUUUUGCAGUUAUCGAAGGUUAGUGCAUGCACAUUAUAGAACAUUUGGGAAAUGCAUAAUGAAAACAUCCAUGAGCCACCCAAAAAUAGCCACCAGCGUUUUGGCAUUUUUUUUCUUUCCAGCUGUUUGCUGUGCUUUAUUUUUAAAACAUAGGUGCAGUUCAGGUAUAAUAAUGUGAUUUGUUUAGUUUUUUCAUUUUCCUGGCUACGAAAAUGUAUUAGAUAACUAGAAAAAUGCAGCUAAGCAUAAAGGGAAGGGAGGGACCUACUCCUGCCACUCAACUAUGUCAACAUUUUGGUCUAUUUUUAGAAUACAUUUUAAAAACAUGGAUCAAUAAAACUGAUUUUAAAGAGUAAUCUGUGGGCAGAGGGGCGUAUUUGCUGUUUUAGAGAGUGGAGCUUACAGCCUUACCUCCAGGUGUGGAAAAACUCCCCAUACAUAGGUGGGCAACCACCUCACUGGGAGCUGAUCAUACGUAGAAUGUGAAGCCUGUUUCUGUUUGGGGCCUGCAUUUUUAGCAGGUUAGGAAUAUUAGUGAGCUAUGCAAGGCCAUUUCUAUGAAGAUAAAGUAGAUCCAUCCUGUUCAUGCUAGCAUCUUUAAACAAAGAGUUGAAAAGUUGGUUACUGUGGCCCCUUCCAUUCGGGUAUUUAAAACAAAGACUUGCUGGAAGCCACUUUUAUGAACAAUUUCUAUUACUCUAGCUCAAGGAUUUGGUAAGUUUCAUGGAAUCUGAGUUUGCUCCCGUCUGAUCUCCCCAUUUUGUAGUUCAGAGAAGCCUAGAGAAACCAAAAGCUUUGUCCAAGUUCACUUAGCAGAGAUGGGACUCACUCAGGUCUCUUGAUCACUCAAUCCACUGCUCCUUUCCACUGAACCAUGCUGUUGAAGCUUACUUCACAGGAAGCUGCUUCAGGCCUGACUUAAGUUGUAGCUUUCAAAUAGACUUCUUUUCAAUUUAUAAAUGAACAGAAUUAUUCAGUGCAAUACUUGUAUCUGGCUCUUUGGGGAAAGCUCUUCAGAGUGAGUUUUUGAAUUAUUUUUAAAUCCGCUCAGGAGACAAGGAGUUAAUAGCUAGAAAUUGUUCUUUUAGCUCUUCCUCCGAAUGAAAUGCUUCUUAAACUAAAUAUGUCUUGAUAGUAAGCCUCUGUUCAAAGCAACAAAUGUACUUUACCCAGGGUUGUCUUUGGUUUCUGAGCUAAUUUUGUAUCACAGGUGCAAGAUUUACUUUGAUUAUCAAGAUGAACAGCUGGGAGGGGUCAGCCUAUUACCCAUCUGGUCCUAAUCCAGCCAAGAGGCCUCUCUGCCCCAUGCCAAUAUUUCCAAUUGUCAGUGGCCCUGACUUUUCCUGUUGCUGGAGUUUUAAUCUCAUUUGCAAAUUAUGGAGCUACUGAGAGAUUUUUGGCCCCCUGAACACCUCACUCUCUCCCUCCCAGGUAUUACACAUACAUACUUCUUACAUCAGGAUCUCAAGGUCCUAAGGUGUCAUGCAGAACCACUAUUUGGCUGAUCUCUAGGCCGCAGGGAUGCCAGCAUCUCUCAAAAGCACAAACUUCCAUUCAUAAUCCUUACUGGCAUUUCUCUGGCUGGCGGGACUUUCAACUGCCAUUCUAGGACGCUCAAGCUUAUACUUGGUGAAAGAGGAGCAGGGAAAAGGUGACCAUGAAACUUCUGCAGAGUAUCACAACCUCAUGGUUUUUCUCUGAUCUGCAACAGCCUAUGGCUGCUAUAGCCGUUUUGGGGUUUUUUUAGGUCAUCAUUCCUCUUUUUUUAAGUGAAGUUGAUUUACAAUGCGUUAAUUUCUGCUGUACAGCAAAGUGAUUCCAUUAUAUAUACUUUAAGAUUCUUUUCCAUUAUGGUUUAUCAUAGGAUACUGAAUCUUUGGUGUACAGUAGGACCUUGUUGUUUAUCCAUUCAUUCUAUAUAUAAUAGCUGCUAACCCCAACCUCCCACUCCAUUUCUCCACCAGCCCCCGCCUCCUUGGCAAGCACAAGUCUGCUCUCUCUGUCCAUGAGUCUGUUUCUGUUUCGUAGAUAGGAUCAUUUGUGCCAUAUUUUAGAUUCCACAUAUAAGUGAUAUUAUAUGGUAUUUCUCUUUCUAACUUCACUGAGUAUAAUAAUCUCUAGUGGCAUCCAUGUUGCUGCGAAUUAAAUUAUUUCAUUCUUUUUUAUGGCUGAAUAGUAUUCCAUUGUAUAUCCAUUCAUCUGUCAGUGGACAUUUAGGUUGCUUCCAUGUCUUGGCUAUUGUGAAUAGUGCUGCUAUGAACACAGGGGUGCAUGUAUCUCUUUGAAUUAGUUUUGUCUGGAUAUAUGCCCAGGAAUGGGAUUGCUGGAUCAUAUGGUAGUUCUAUUCUUAGUUUUCUGAGGAACCUCCAUACUGUUUUUCCAUAGUGACUAUACCAACUUACAUUCCCACCAACAGUGUAGGAGGGUUCCCUUUUCUCCAUAUCCUCUCCAGAAUUUGUUAUUUGUAGAGUUUUUAGCAAUGGCCAUUCUGACCAGUGUGAGGUGGUACCUCGUUGUAGUUUUGAUUUGCAUUUCUCUAAUAAUUAGUGAUGUUGAGCAUCUUUUCAUGUGCUUUUUGACCAUCCAUAUGUCUUCUUUGGAGAAAUGUCUGUUUAGGUCUUCUGCCCACUUUUUGACUGGGUUUUUUGUUUUCUUGUUGAGU